AUGUUUUUCGAUUUCCGCCCCGAGCAGGUAGUCCCGGUACGUAGUCCCCCACGGUUAAGCUGGGGUUCACCGUGGUAUUUUCGGCUUUUUCCUGUUCGCGUCAAAUUGUGCGAUCGUGCGGUCGCCAGCAUCGCUGCAACCGCGGCCCGAGAGCGCCGCGAGAAUGGGAAGUGGCAUCUCCCUGCCGCUUCCUGCCACGCUCUCAACCUACGGACGACAACGACGGCGCGAUGUCAGCGCGAGUCUGUUUUUGACCUCACGGGGCGGUGCGGCCGACAGCGGAAAAAAGAAAGAGUCAUUCGUCAUACGACUUUCUGCAGACACUUCCAACUCUCGACGGGUGGUUUUCCUACGUCCCCAGGGAUGCGUAUAAAAAAGGUGCGCGGCGUGAAGAUUGUCACUUCCAGAAAAAAACAAGAAAAACUUACAAACUCGCUCGCUGGUGCUGCUGCCGACUCGGACCUCGAGAUGAAACUUGUCCUUUUGUGCCUCCUCGCAGUUUGCUGCUCUUCUUCCCUUCUAGCCCGCGGCGCCGGAAUGACCCUGGAGAGGAGAAAACUGAUUGAAGUCUUGAGGCAACUCGCUGAUGUCAAAGAUUCGCUGCAGCAACGAGAGCUGCUGGUGAACACGCCGCCGCAGAAUAUUGAGGACUGCUGCUGCCUGUCGGCGUUACGAUGCUUCCGGGCCAGCUUGCACGUGCAGUUCAACGUGACGGAAAGAAAGCAAGACAAACUUUACCGGAGCCUCAAGCACCCGAUCACUGAGAGAGGUCUUGACUCAUGUAAAUCGCUUAAUUCUGCGGCUGCCUGCUCAACGUGUGAUUCGCAUCCGAAGGCAACUGCCCGGGAAUUUGUCAACAGACUGGAGUCUCUUAUUCAAAGGGCAAUCAGCAGACUGAGCGUCAGCUAAGCAGGCAGCAAGUUCAAGUCCCAAAUCAUAAAAGACACUAUGCUGAAAAGACGCCCCCAAAAUCAAGCUCCAGCCUCCUAUUUAUUGAACUUAUUUAUUUCUCAUUUUGAGACGACGGUUACCCAAAAAGCUGCUUUGUCGCCCUCUGGUGGGCUCGGCAUUUGGUUCGUGUCGUCAAAUGUUUCAUUAAUUUUAAUGUGAGGUUCUACGACGACGAGUGAUGUGAUUUAUACUAUGUAUGAUAGCAUCUGGUUAAUUUUAUUGACAUUCAUGUAAUUAACAUAAAAUAAAAACCAACUUAAGACCAAUAGUUUUUUUUUCUUUUUUUUAACAAUCAUGCGCUCAAAUGUGAUUAUUCUUCACAAUGAUUUGUGAUUCGGAAAUAUUUAUGAAUUCCUGCAUGUCUGCAUACUUUUUUGCAAUCAGCAAGAUUCAAGCAAAAGGUCCACACUACUGACCAGUAUUGUUUUGGCGCCAUCUGGUGGCAGCUUGGGACCCAAGCACUGGUGACGUCAAUUGAGUUUCAU